GGCUGCUGCGUCCCCCGCCCGCCCCGAGCCGCUCUGCAGCGGGGCAUGGACCGGGGCGCCCGCGCCCUGCGCCCCGCCGAGCUCGCCACGCGCCGCGGAGCCCCCAGCGCCCCCUGACCGCUCCCGGGGCCGGCGCCGGACCAGAGACCCCCCCCCGCCGCUGCAUUCGCACAGUCAGCUGACAUCGCGCCCACGCUGAGGGGAGGCUGGGUGCCAGGUGGGCUGGCGCCACCCAUGGAAUCGCCCCUGGGGCUGCCAGUACGGGCGCCAGCCCCACUCGGCCUCCAGCCAAGAACCAGGGACUGAAGCCGAAGAAGGAGACGCCUGCUUACGGAAGAAGAUCUGUGCUCUGGGAAGGAAGUGGGGUCUAGUGGUUAAAGCAGGAAGCCAGGGCUCCUGGGUUCUAUCCCCGGCUGUGGGAGGUUAUUGGGGUCUAGAGGUUAGAGAGUUUUAGGACCCAGGACUCCUGGGUUCCAGAGUCGAUCCCCUGUCCCCAGCCGUGAGUGGGGAGGAGGGUGCAAGGAAGUCUCUGUCUUCAGGUUGGGUGGGUGGCCCCACCCCAUCCCCCUGUCAAGCUGGAGUCCCUGAAGCGCUGGAAUGAGGAGAGGGUGGUGUGGUGUGAGAAGGGGGUUCAGAUCCUCCUCACCACCGUCGGGGCCUUCGCAGCCUUCGGCCUCAUGACCAUCGCCAUCGGCACCGAUUACUGGCUCUACGCCCGCGCCUUCAUCUGUAACACCACCAACAUCUCCAGCGAGGAGAUGCCCCACAAGGACAAGAAGGACCCAGGGGGCCUCACCCACUCUGGCCUCUGGAGGAUAUGCUGCCUGGAAGGCCUGAAGAGGGGUGUGUGUGUGAAAAUUAACCACUUCCCCGAGGACACAGAUUACGACCACGACAGUGCCGAGUAUCUCCUGCGUGUGGUCCGUGCCUCCAGCAUCUUCCCCAUCCUCAGCGCCAUCCUGCUGCUGCUGGGGGGGUUCUGCGUGGCCGCCAGCCGGGUCUACAAGUCCAAGCGCAACAUCAUCCUGGGCGCUGGGAUCCUAUUCGUCGCUGCUGGCCUCAGCAACAUCAUCGGGGUGAUUGUGUACAUCUCGGCCAACGCUGGGGACCCAGGCACCAAGCGGGACGACGAGAAGAAAAGCCACUACUCCUACGGCUGGUCCUUCUACUUCGGGGGCCUGUCCUUCAUCCUGGCCGAGAUGAUCGGGGUGCUGGCUGUCAACAUCUACAUCGAGAAGAACCGGGAGGCCCACUGCAAGAGCCGCACUGAGCUGCUGAAGAACCCCUCGUCCUCCUCCAGCGCCAUCCUGCGCCUGCCCAGCUACCGCUUCCGCUACCGGCGCCGCUCCCGCUCCAGCUCCCGCUCCACCGAGCCCUCGCAGUCGCGGGACGCCUCGCCCGUGGGCCUCAAGGGCUUCCCCUCCACCGACAUCUCCAUGUACACCCUCUCGCGGGACCCCUCCAAGGCCAACGUCAGCAGCCUCUACGGGGCCGAGCGAGAGGGGGCCGGCGGGGCCUUCCUGCAGCUCCACAACACCUUCCCCAAGGACCCCGGCGUGACGGUGACGGUGACAGGGCCCGGUACGGCCAGUGCCACGGGCACCCUGGGCAAGGACGCCUCCUCCAACACCAACACGCUCAACCGGAAGACCACACCCGUGUAGGGGCAGGCGGCGAGGGGCUGGUGGCGGGGGACGGGGCUGAGGGGAGCCGCGGUGCAGGACAGGACGGGAGGGUGUUAGGCUAAUGAAGGGGCAUUCUUAGCAACAUGUCUUUCUAACCCUGUGUUCCUUCCCUCCUGUGUUCAUUCGUUUGUUCAUUCAUUUGGUGAUUCGUUUUCUGUUUAAUUUUAACUUUUAAUUUCUUUCUUUGUAAGAUUAUUAUUCUUUCUUUCUUUCUUUCUUUCUUUCUUUCUUUCUUUCUUUCUUUCAAUUUUAACUCUUUUAAUUUCUUCUUUAUUUGUAAGAUUAUUUAGUAUUCUUUCUUUCAUUUUAAUACUAAUUAUUUCUUUCUUCCAUUCUAAUGCUAAUUUUCUUUUUCUUUCUUUCUUUCUUUCCCCACCAUUACCCUCUUUUCCUUUACAUUUCCCCAACAGCGAGAACCAAUUUCCCAGCUGUGCUCCCGCCUUCGGGGGACACAACACGCAGGGCACUAUCCAGGGGGAGGACAGGAUGUGGAUCACAGGAGAAUGAUGGGAAAAGUCCGGAUCAGAAUAGGAGCUGGUUGAAAUGAUUCAAGCACCGUCCUGAGAACAGGGGCCCUGCAGAGGGGAUGCUGCCAUGUCUCACUGCUGGGGGUCACCUACUUUUGCCCUACACCCGACCUAGCCUAGGUCGUAUCCCUCCCUCUCAGGGGAUCAUGGGGGGUGUCUUUGUUAGAAUGGGGGAGGCUUGUAAUUUACCAGUGCCAGAUUCACAGCUGGCAAGUUUGUACAUGGAGGGGAGGAAAUAGGAAAAGGGGAGGGGGCUAGUGACCUAGAGAUACCACUCCUUUCUUCCCCAACCCACCAAGGGCUCAUAGUCGUGCCAUAUCCAAGUGCCAAAGCUUUACCCCCCCGCAGCACCCCCUGCUGGCAGGGGGUGAUAGCUCAGUGUGCUGGGUAUUUUCAGCGGGAGAGGUGUCUCUCAGUUUUAUUGCCCCCUAUUUUCUCUCCCCUCCCCCCCUCCCGCACCAGCCUUUCCCUGCUCUUAACGGGAGCUCCCAGAGUGGGGGGUGGGGAAAUUCUCCACCUGGGUUUGGGCCGUGGCUAUUCCCUUUCCCUCUAGGGGGCAGAUCGGGGGCAUGGCUGGGGUUCCCCUGUUCUGUAGGCAUUCCCUGUUUCCCAGGGCCCAUACGGACAAUUCUCCUAAUCAGUCUAGAUCAGCGCUUCUCAAGUUAUCUGAUGGGGGGGACCUGCAAUUGUUUUUUCCAAUGUGCAUGCAGACCGGCAGCUGAUGGCUCACGGACCGGCACCGGUCUGCAGACCACCAUUUUGAGUAGCACUGCACUAGAUGACACGGUCCCUAUUGGGAUAUAAAAUAGCCAUUUCCUCAUGCAAUAUGGACCUACAAUAAACAGCCCUGCUAGGCUAGAUGGUCCAUACACUAAACAGCCCUCGUCUGGUUAUAGAGACCCUACCAUAAACAGGUUGGCAGGCAAUACCUAGCCCACCGAGGGUGAUGCCUACAUAAUAAACCAGCCUUCCCAGGCAAUAAAUAAAUACGGGCCACAAAAGUGACUUCCUCGCUGAGCAAUAUGGUCUGUAUAUCAAAGAGCCCUCCCAAGAGAUAGCGACUGCAUAAUUUCUACUGACCCCCAGCACAGGACCCUUCCAAUGUGACCAAAUUUUCCCAGCACCCCAGCCGAGCAAGACCAAGUAUCCUGUCUAAAGCAGUGUCACAUGUGGGAGCAACAGUGGUUCGAAACCUGGCACCGAGGUGUGGCUGCCGCUAGGGUGGGGCAUGGGGGUUGUUUAUACAGCGACCUCUCGCCCAGCGCUGAAAUGCAGGUGCCUCUGGGGUGGAGUGAGGGGGCUGUUUAUACAGGGACUCCUUGCCCAAUGCGUAGAUGCAGCCACCUCUGAUAUGGGGGCCGCUGUUUAUAAAAGGCUCCUUUACCCGGCACUGAGAUGCAGCCACCUCUGAUGUGGGGGCUGCUGUUUAUAAAAGGCUCCUUUACCCAGCACUGAGAUGCAGCCAUCUCUGAUACGGGGGCCGCGGUUCAUAAAAGGCUCCUUUACCCGGCACUGAGAUGCAGCCACCUCUGAUGUGGGGCUGUUGUUUAUCCAGGGGUUCUUUACCCAGCACUAAGAUGCAGCCACCUCUGGGGUGAUGGUGAUCUGUUUUUUAAGCAAUCCCACACCCAAUCUGAGAGAUGCCACCUUCUCACACUGAUCCCUUGAGACUAAUUUCCCACUCCUGUUUGUUUCCUCUGCAGCGAAUUCAUCCUGUUUCCAUUGUCUUCCAAUCCCCACCCCCCCUUGCCAAAAAAUUAGAAACCUCUUGGUAAAACCUCCUUGUCCCCCAGCCCCACUCCCUUGGGCGAGAGCUUAUACACACACACCUAGAGAGAAACCUAUCUAUAGCGAAUUGGUGUUGAGCUUUUCUUAGCUUUCGGUUCUUAUCGGUUCUGUUGAUACCGGAUUUUGCGCCGUCGGGGAGAGGCCAUGUUGGGUUGUGUUGCGAUUUUAUGGUUUAUUGACAUGUUUUUGCGCCGUGUGCAUGUGUUGUGUGUGUGUGGGGGGGGAUUAUUUUUAGCAGCCUCGAGGUGGGGAGGAGAUGCACAGAGGAGAGCGGGAGAAAUUCCAUUGCCCGGAGACCAAAUUGAUUUGGUCUCUGCUUUAUCCCCAUUGCGAUAGUGGCAAAGGGCCUUCAUGUGCGAUUCGGCAAUUCCAAGCCCAUCUUUAUAGAGUGUGGCUUCCUGGAGAAGAACAGUGCUAGGCGCUGUACAAACAGAGCAAAACGACAAGCUCUUAAAAUCAGUGCAUUGGGCUGCAGACGGCCGGAACGGAAGCUCAGACAAAGGAUGUGGGAGUUUUCAUAUCCCCGUAGUCGGCAGUUUAACCUCUCCCUCUCUUUGAGUGGCAUCCUCCCCUGUACCCAACGGGGCUAUCUUAUCCGAAAGUCCUUCCCGGGGGAGGAACUAUCAGACAAUCCUCUCCGAAGCUGUUGUUCUGAGUGGUUUUAGCUCGGGGUUAGUUAUCUAUCUAUUUAUUUAUUUAUUUCUCUCUCUCUUCUCCCCCCGGGGCCCUCCUCCCCAGUUGUUCAUUUCACGGAGAUUGGGGGGAGGGAGGGAGGAUUUGUGCGGGGGAGGGGAAGAGAGGGAUCGAUUUUGCUUUCCCGGUUUUUGUGCCGUCCAGACGGAAAAAACGAAAACAAAAAGAACUUGAAAACUUUUGUGAGAAGAAAAUUAAAAAAGGACCAAAAAAAAAAGUUUAAAAAGUUACAGAAAAGCGACAAAAAAAGAAAACCGUGAAGCAGUUAUGUCAGCCAGUGCGAAUCACCUGUCUAAAGUGCGUUUUGUACAAAAGGAAAAUUAUAUAUAUAUAUAUAUAUAUAUAAA